AUGCCCGCGGCCCUUGGUUUGUACUACAGUAUUUAUUUACUGAUAUUCAUUGGUAUAGUGCCACUUCUGCUAAUGAGUGUAUUUAGUUUAUUAACAUUUCGAAAUUUAAUGCUGAUCCGUCGUCGUGUCCGGCCAGUAACAGAUGGUGGUAAGAGGAAUGCUCCACAAAUAAAAGUCAAACAACGUGAUCGGCAAUUAAUUUCAAUGCUGUUAGCUGAAGUAUUGGUUUACAUUCUAUCAACAUCACUUUAUCCACUAUAUUUAUUUUACACAACAAUAACAAUGAAUCAAUCAAAAAAUGCGCUAAGAGUGUCAAUUGAAACGUUUCUUUCAUUCUUAUCUAGUACACCGACGUUAUAUUUUAAUAAUGCAUCAUCAUUUUAUAUUUUUUUAUUAACAUCAAGAACGUUUCGUCAAGAAAUGAAACAUCUUUUGAUUAAUUAUUGUCUAAAAUAUUGUUUCAAAGACAAAUUCCCUAACUAUUUAACAGCACGAGGAAGAACAGUGGGUGAUCAAACUAUAGCGAGAACGAUUGAUCAUCAAAUGUCAGUUGUUCGACAUGAAAUUGAUUAUACAUUCAAUAUGGGUAAACAAUAA